AGAAAGAAGCAUACAAGAAAGAAAAAAACACAUAAACAAAUGACUUCUUCAGUAACCACUUUAGCCCUAACCCUAGUUCUGAUCUUCCACCUCACGCCGGAAACAACCGUAGCUCGCCACCUCAAUGAUCAGAAGCCUACCGAUGAAAUGAAAUACCUGUUUCCACCUGGAUUGCCUUUUACCGGCGUUCCUCCGUUACCGACACUUUUUCCUCCGUUCCCUGGAAACGUUCCACGUUUUCCGUUUCCGUUACCGUCGCAGUCAUCACCUCCGGCAUCUCUUCCCGGUUUACCUGGCGUUACCUUUCCUCCCCUGCCGUUCCUCACGCCGCCACCUGAGUGAUUCUAUAGGUUAUCGCCGCCGUUUUUAUGAUAAGUAUCCCUUGGAAUAAACUACGUAUGGAUGAUCAUGUGUGCUCGAUGAUAUAAAUUAUUAGUAUUUUAUGGAAGUUUAAUAAAAUAUAUCUCGUGUUAGUGUAACUCAAUGUUGAUCUAAUAAAUAAAGUAUCUAUUUGAGUUCUAA